AUGUCCAUUGUAUCGUUACUAGGAAUUGAGGUUCUCAACAAUCCAGCAAAAUUCACAGACCCCUAUGAAUUCGAAAUAACUUUUGAAUGUUUAGAACCAUUAAGAGAGGAUUUAGAAUGGAAGCUAACAUAUGUAGGAUCUUCUAGAUCUUUAGACCACGACCAAGAGUUGGACUCAAUAUUAGUAGGUCCUGUUCCCGUCGGCAUAAAUAAGUUCUUGUUUCAAGCUGAUCCUCCAAGCCCAGAGUUAAUUCCUGCUAGUGAAUUGGUAAGUGUUACGGUGAUACUAUUGAGUUGUUCGUAUGCAGAGAGAGAAUUUGUCAGAGUAGGCUACUACGUGAAUAAUGAAUAUGAUUCAGAAGAGUUGAGAGAAAAUCCACCCGCAAAGGUACAGGUUGAUCAUGUUGUGAGAAAUAUAUUGGCAGAAAAGCCUAGGGUCACUCGAUUCAAUAUUGUUUGGGAUAACGAAAAAUCGGAAGAUCUCCCACCUCCUCAAGUAGAUGUCGAGGAAGAUGAGGACGAAGAGGAAGAAGAUGAAGAUGAAGAAGAUGAAGAAGAUAAUGACAAUGAAGAGAAUGAGCUAGGGGAAGAAGAGGACGAAGAUGAAGACAAGGAGGAGGACAUUGAAGAAGAUAUUGAAGAAGAUGUGGAAGAAGAUAUUGAAGAAGUUUUAGAUGAUAAUGGAGAAACUGGAGCUGACACUCCAAAAGACAUUGAACAAAGCUAA